GUUUUAUUCUACGUGCAGCAAAGUGUAGCAAGUGCGGAUAAAAAGAACAGAUCUUGAAUCAUAUGAUUCCGAGACGCGGACGACUGGGCUCCAUUCAAGUUGCCGGAUCGCAUAAUUGGAAUCGAUCGGAGCAAAUGUGAUCAAGUCAUCAGAGAAAUAAAUAAAAAAUCGUUCAGACUCACAUGACCAUAUUCGCCACGAUGAUCGACCGUGUUAGCCGCCUUGUGCUACGAACGUACGAACGAGGUAGGAGGAUCUGCGGCCACCACCGGUGCACAAUCAGACACAUCAGCUCCAGUCAGGUCGGCAACAAGACCCUGGAACGCCUGAGCGACAGGAGCGUGCUGCGCGUGAGCGGCAGCGAUGUCUCCGUCUUCUUCCAGGGACUGAUCACGAACGACAUGAAGCACCUCGACGAUGGGGCGCCUAACAUCUAUACUCUGUUCUUGAACAUCCGGGGCCGAGUGAUGUGCGACGCCAUCGUGUACAAGGGCGAGGAGAGCAACGUGUACUAUGUGGAGUGCGAUUCACAGAUCAUCGAUUCCCUGCAGAGGCAUCUGAAAAUGUAUCGCGUGAGGCGAAAGAUAGAUAUAGAACACGCGGGAGACAGGCUCAACGUCUGGUCGAUGUUCGGUUUCACCAAACAUUCGGUCAAUGAAGUCGCAGCGAGCGAGACGCGAGGGAAGAACCUGGAGGGAAUGAUAUUUCCGUGCGGCAUGUUGAACAGCAAAGCCAGCAAGUUUGUCGACAACAUUAUGAUAUACGAGGACCCUCGAUUACCCGAUCUAGGUUUCCGAAUUCUUGCCGAGUCGCGAAUCAGCGAGCAGGAGAUAAUCAAGCAUCUGGAUGUCACAGAUGUGUCGCCGUCGGAGAGUCUUGGAGAUUACAGGGCCUUUCGGUAUAAGCUGGGAGUAGGAGAGGGCACGCAUGACCUACCGCCUGGGAAAGCAUUACCGUUGGAGAUCAAUUGCGAUUACCUGCACGGCGUCAGUUUUCACAAGGGUUGCUACAUCGGUCAAGAAUUGACCGCACGCACGUAUCACACAGGUGUGGUCAGGAAGCGCCUGAUGCCCCUGUUAUUUGACAAUGUCGUAGACAAGCCGCUUGCAUACGACGAAAAAAUUCUCAACGAAUCCGGCAAUACGGUAGGAAAGUUCCGAGGAUACGUCGAUAGAUACGGAUUAGGCUUGAUGCGUAUCAACGAGUCCCUUAGCGCUCGACAACUCAAUGUAUCCGGUAUAAAUGUAAGGGUGAUAAAGCCUACGUGGUGGCCUCAAGAGUCACAGAAUGAAAUGAUUUUCGCCAAAGAUACAAAAUAGCAUCGGAAAUGUUCUUACAAGCAAAUGUAACGAUCUGUUAGAGAAUACAUGCGCACAUAUAAAAUAAAUUUCUACAACAAAUGUUUAACAAA